AUGUGUUACAUCAGAUGGGGCUCAUUCAGCUGCUGGUACAAUGGUCAGGAGUGGCUCAUCCACUACCACAUUAAGUUCCCAAAAUUAAAAUCAAUGACACUUAGAGAUAAGCUGAGGAGGGGAACUAGAUGGCUUACCAGAAGGAUGCGUCUUGUACGCUGCAUAGUGCUGCUCUUACUACUUAUUGCUGCGGUUGACAAAAGCCUGGCACUCAAGAACGCCAGCCAGGAGGCCUAUAGAAUCACCUCUCUUCCAACUCACGAAAGCAGCUUUGUCGUCUUUAAGCCCAGUCUUACUCGUCAAUACAAGCAAAAGGGCCUACUGAAAGCGUGGAAUUUUGGUGGGCGACAGGUAGAGGUCAUGGCGUCGCGUUCUGAGCCCAGCGUUUACGCAAACUGGCCCACUGCAAGCUCCUUUGCAGACUGGGUUUCCAGUGCAGAGCACGAGAGCCUAAAGAUAGUGUGUGACCCGUCCUGCGACGUUCCAAGCCAAUAUUAUCUCCUUAGCCCGUAUCAGAGUAAUAUUGGUAAUUUAGCUAUGAGCAUUAGACGUGCUGAUAGGAUGUCCCAACUCCUUGCGAUUUUCCUUGUGAUUGAUAUGCUGGGAUGGCUUCUGUAG